UUAUUCUUUAGGCCCCCAGUACAACGGGGGGAUGUGCGGUAAGCCCUGCAGCGUGUUUAGGGAUUCCUCUUCGCUGCCUCGGGGCUUUUGUGCCAGCAUUUCGUAAAUCAAACAGCCCCGCUGUGGGUGCGAGGAGGCUGCGGUCAGUUGCCUGGGUGUCCUGGGAAGCAAUGGCCACAGCAGCUCUCCUGAACUCAGCACCAGCUCUCUGCUACGUCCCUCCGAGCCCCUCAGCCCCUUUCUUUCAGUCAAACGCCGCCACCAUGCACGUGACCCGGCCAAAAUCUGCCAAAGGACGCACGAGGUCGGCCUUCGGUUACCCCGGGAGCGUGAACGCCUACCCCUGCAGAGUGCCAUCGUCACCAGCAGCUCCCCACGAGUCAGGGAGCAGCCCGAGAGCCUCGUCCACAAAACCGCCGUUCCCACCUGGCCACGUGUCGCCGGAGGAGAUCCCAGAGCUCCUGCAGCAAGUGCCUCUGAGGAGCUCCUCCUCGCUCAACAAGUACAGGGUGCUCCCCUCCAUCGGCCGGAAGGGCGCGGGGGCAGAGCCGAGCGACCAGCACGAGGUGAGCUGGGGGCAGGAGGGUGCUCAGGAAACCCCAGCUCCUUCUGGAGGACGAGGAUCUGCCAGCGGCUUGUCAGAAAGCGACGUCCCUGGUGAAGAAAGCUCGUGUGCUCGGCGUCCCCCCGAGAAGCUGGGAGGGAAAACGAGACGGGAGAGCCCUUCGUUGUCAACCCUAAGUCUGGAAGAACCGCUGCAAAAUGAGCCCCAGCUGCUGCUGGCUGUUCGCUCUCCCUCCGGUCAAAGAUUUGAACAUUGCUUCAAGCCCACGGACAGCCUCCAGACGGUCCUGAGCGUGGCGGAACAGAAAACGGCGGCCAAAUACGAGUGCUGCAGCGUCGAAACCGUGGAGGUGCCCCGACGGAGCUUCCCCGACCUCACCCGGUCCCUGCAGGAGUGCGGGAUCCCCCCCAGGUCCUUGCUGUGCAUCCGCCGGGCCGAGCAGCACGAGGCGGCCCCGUAGGCGCUCGUCGGGGCGGGAUGCCUCGCUUCUCAACCACCGCGGCACCGUUUGGAGCUUGCAGACUUCCAAAAAUUUCCCUCGGAGCUGACUGGUGUACGUGAAAGGCGGGUGUUGAAAUCCCACCUCACGUGCACGUACCCGCUGCGAAUGAACAGAUCUUUUGUCCGUGCGUGUGAUUACAAGUUCCUUCCCGAGUGCCGCCAGCGUUCGGCCUUUCUGGUUUUUUGAAACUGCUGAUUUUUCGUCUCUGGAGUUUGUUCUCUUUUCGGAGCAGGAGGCCUCUUCCGUGUCCUUUUUGUUUGUUUCAGGAAGGUGCCACUUCCCAGAGGGGAUUGCGUAUCUGGGAAGACAGAAACAGAACUGCUUCACCCUGUGGUCGUCUUCAGUAGCUUCAGGAAGCUGUCGUCAGCCUCAGACAUCUUGAGAGGCUGUAACUGAGGUCAAACCCUAAAACCACCUGAAAAUAACAGCAAGGACGCGUUGGAGCUAGCAGAUGAUUGCCAAGUAUUAAAACCUGCCUGUGAGGGCUCAGCUACUGAUGGAGAGAACCUCUGUGCGGCUUUUAAGAGUGUUUUGGGGAGUGUUUGCUCGCUAAAUGUAUCACUUGGCUUUGUCCGAGGACUUGGCUCGCCCAGCAGACCGUGUUUUUACCAACCCGCCGUGGCUCUCGCGGAGUGGGGUCAUUAAAGAGGCUGGCAGGGUCACUCGGCAGGCGUGGGGGUAAAUACAGCGCGUGCGUGCUGA